UCCGAGUAAGACUAUUGUUUCUCCAAAAGCAUCAAAUCAACGCAACUUCUCUCCACCUAUAAAUUCGGGUCUUCCCUUCACCAAUUUUUCCCCAACUAUCCCAGCAAGGUCUUCGACCUCUCUCCACCAACAAAAACAGCAUAUCACUCAGCUGGAGCCCAAAAAAAAUAGAGAGAAGAAGCAAUCUGAUCAUCGAUUUGAGGAAAUGGGAAGGGCUCCGUGUUGUGACAAGGCAAAUGUGAAGAAAGGGCCAUGGUCUCCCGAAGAGGAUGCUACGCUCAAGGCUUACAUUGAGAAGUACGGAACUGGUGGAAACUGGAUUGCCCUUCCUCAGAAAGUUGGGCUAAAGAGAUGUGGGAAGAGUUGCAGACUGAGGUGGCUGAAUUACUUGAGACCCAACAUCAAGCAUGGUGGCUUCACUGAGGAAGAGGACAACAUCAUCUGCAGCCUCUACAUCAGCAUUGGCAGCAGGUGGUCAAUAAUUGCUGCCCAGUUGCCAGGAAGAACAGACAAUGACAUCAAGAACUACUGGAACACCAGGCUGAAGAAGAAGCUGCUCGGAAGACGAAAGCACAGCAUCAACGAAAACAUGGUGAUGAAUCGCUUCUCGUCAUCGCGCACAUCUCAAUUGAACCCAGCAAGAGAUCUGAACACUGCAUCACCAGAUGACGAUGAUGACUCUUCAUCACCAUAUAACUCACAUGCUUUGAGCAAUUCUGCCCUUGAAAGGCUUCAACUCCACAUGCAGCUUCAGACCCUCCAAAACCCUUUGUUCUCAAGCUUCUACAACAACCCUGCACUCUGGCCCAAGAUCCACCCCCUGAGAGAGAAGAUGAUCCAGAGCCUCCAUCUCUUGAACCAAAACCCUAAUAACACUAAUGGCCCCAGUCUAAUUCAACAGCUUGCACUGGCCAAUGGGUCUCAACAACGAGCUGAGGACAUCGAACGCAACAAGGCCGACAUUUAUGAACUCACCUCCACCAAUCCUAAUAAUGUCUCACUCCAACAUGAUUCUCUCAAGAUCACUGCUUCCAAGAUCGAAGAACUGGUGAACUCUUUGAGCACUUCCUCGGAUGGCUCGGUUUCCUUCAACUACGCCAAGAAUUUGAUCGACACGGCCCUUAUACCUGAAGUAGAUGGUGCUGAAGCAAUGUCAUAUGCUAAUGCAUUCGACGGUGCCACGUCAAACAUCCAAGCUGAGCUGGACGAUAUGGGGAAUAACAAAGCAGCCAAUCAUUUCGCCCCUCGGGAGGAUCAUCCGAACACGAACGCCGAGUUCGAUUAUUUCAAGGAAAUGAAUGGUUGUAAGGACAACAUCCUCUGGUGGUCCAAUGAGCUGGACACGAAAUUGCCAUCGGCCAUUUCCUGGGAUCCGGUGAACAAUUCGGUUUUCCAGAACGAAGGACUGUUUCAAGACUAUGGAUCAGGAGCAAUUUGCGGCAGCGGCCAGUAUUAGAAAAGCUUUUUUUCUUGCAUGAACAUACUCUUCUCAAGGGCAUAAAGAUGGAGAGAAGAACGAUUUCAACGCCGCGCUUUGUAAAUCGUGUGAAUAACAAUUGCCUUUAGUUUCAAUUA